AUGGAUCCCUUUCAGGACAAGAUCAAGCCUAGAUCACGACCUGUGUCGGCGAUUAUAUCAACUACUACAACCAAUGUCACUUCUUACAAUCACGGAACGCAUUUUCUGCCAACAUCUGCAACGCUGGUAACUUCAAAUGUUUCAGAUCAAACUUCCCAAGCACAACCCACUUCAACAUCAAAUCAUCUUUUGCAAAAUGCCAGCUCCACAUCAGAACCUUUGAAGCUAUUGCUGCGUGCUCCAGUCGAGAAGGAGUCGAGGAAGUCACCUAUGUACAUCACAAAGAAGGAUAUUCUCAAAAAUGAGUUGCGUACUGGGACAACAUCCGGGCUUAACGACUCUAACCAUGACCGAAAAGAGUUGCAAUUCCUUGUUUCGAUUUACUCCCCCGGUCUCCGUCCGUUACACCACACAAGUUUAGUCGACCGAUUGAAAAGCAGGUUGCCCAAGAUUGUGGAGAAUAAUACUGAUGUCAAUUUAUCAUUACAUUUAUUUCUAGCGACAAUCAUGGUGCAGUUUGUCAACCUGUGGUACUUGACGAAACUCAAUACCAACAACUUGGAGUUUUUAAAGACUGUUUAUGAUGAUAUCUUGGUUGUUUUGGUAAGAGACAUAGCUAAGAGAAUCGGGGCCAUAAAUAGUUUCGAUUUAUUGCACGUGGCUGAUGAUUUGAUGUCAAUCUUGAAUACCCAUUUGACAGAGUUGGUUGGCAAUGUGGAUGGAAAGUAUCCCUAUAAAGUUAUCGACGAUUAUUACAGUCUGGCUGAGAGGGAAAACAAUUUAUACUACGAUUCGUCUAAGGAUCCAAAAGAUGUGCUUCAGAUGUAUCUUGCACAAAAGCAUCUCAUUUUUGACCACUCCAAUGAGCCAAAUGAAGAGCAGCUCCUGCUAUACUUGCGAGUAAUGGUGAAAGAAAUACUACGGAAUGUAAUGCAAAACAAUGCAAAGGAUUCAGUGUUUACUUCAAAAAUCACAAGUGAUUUGCUAGUUUUGAUAGUAGGGGAUUUGGUGAUGAAUAGACUUUUGCAAAAGGUGUCGUCGCUGAAAUUUUUACUAGGUUCGAUCAACAAAUUUGUGACAAAACUGUUGAUGGGAAUGAAGGAGAGGAACAAGGGUAAGGAAAAGACUCUGCAGAAGAGUUCACAGCAAUCGCUAAUUACUACAAUCAUGGCGACUGCGUAUACCAUAUGUGAAAUGAUUCUAACCUUGGUGCUAUCAAUCAGAGUAUCUUCUGGAUAUGCAGCUCCUUUCGACGUGAUUAAAUCCUCAAUUUUUCUCCUCUUGGGAACAUUGUUUGCUCUUCGGGAGACCAAACCGUUGGUAUAUACCCUUGUGGUAUCGGUGAAGUACUUCAUUUUGAGCAUUCCAUGGUUAAAAAAUGGUAUCAAUAACGUGGGUCUGACUUUUGCAACAGAUUUUUUGAAUACAAUACUUACAGCUGAAGCGGUGCACAAAGUUAUAGACGAAUUGCGGAUUCAGCUUUUUUAUUCGGAUCGUAAGGACACAGGUGGAGAGGAUGAGAUUGUUUCAGUUGACAUUGUCGCUGACAACGUUGCCGAGUUAUUUAAUCACUUUCCCAUAGGGAAACAAUAUUGUCCGGAUCGAAAUAGAAUCAAGCAGGUCUUGAUUGUAUUUGACCGUGAUGAAGAGCUAGAUCCUAAUAAUAACACCAACCAGUAUCUAGUUAUUAAAAUGUUUGACCGUAUUGUUCAUGCAGCAUAUAAUGAUAUUUAA